ACGAUGGAAAAGUACUGAGGUAUUCCGAUCGGACCCCCAAACUGAAAGUAGCAAGCAGCCCGAUGGCGGACUGCAAAGUUGUGGAUAUUGUAGAUUACAUUUCUUCUAGAUUAGAAGGUAAUCCAUUGUGUAAAGGUGUAAGACAACAUUUAUUAUCCAUAACCUCUACGAGGGAUGUAAAAGCAAAUCAAAUAGCAACAGAGAGUUGGUUGAGAUGGGCCAGACAUGAAAACCACUUAAAAGUCAUCAGUGCUGGAAUCCCUAUAGGAGUACUUCCUAAUGGAUUGGAAGGGGAAAUAAUUGAUGUCAAAGUAUUCGCUAGACGAGGUCCAGAUGAUGUUAUAUAUGACAAAAACAAGGAAAUCAGAAAAAGGGUAGCACGAGGGAACAGUUUUCUACACAUAGACAGAGGACCUGAAGCAGGCACACGAUGUGUUCUGCAAGCAAUGAAGAAAUUUACAGGAGGGCUGGGGGAUGAUGAUGAUCGAGAUAUGGGAGACAACUUGGUUUGGAAGAAAUAUUUUACUAAACCUAUACAAGAAGCUGAAAAAGUCAUAGCAACAAAGAAAGCCAACGGAGAGGCAGCCCACCUCAGCUGUUGUAUGAUUGAUGGGGAGUACAUUAUGUGUGGUGGAUCCAAAAAUGUGCACAUGAUGUUCAGGACUAAAGAAGAUAUACAAAAGUAUGGAGAACCUAGGUUUCGUAUUGCCAGAGAAGUGUGUACAACAGUUGUUGAUUCAUUGGACAAAAUGGGAGAGGAUGCUAAGCACAGGUUGUUGGAGUUCAUGGCCUGGAGUGGUUAUACUGCAGUGUUUGAAAUCCUGGCUCCCGAUCAUCAACACAUCGUAAAUUUGUCCUACCUCUCUGGUCCAGAGCUGAAAUUUAUCACAUGGACAAAAUUUGAUUUAAACCCAACUGAUGAUGAUUGUUUAGGAGCUAUUCCUCCUCACAUUGGUAUAGAGAUUGCCAACGCUUUGGGGUUAUCUGGUGUAUCUUAUGAUGUUAUAUCCACAUCAGAUUUAGAUGAAAGAAUGACAAAGAUAAGACGAGAGUUUGAUUGUGAGGGAGAAGUCCUUUAUUUCAUGGACCAACAGGGAGAAGUUAUUGGACUUCUAAAGAAGAAAACUGUUUGGUAUAUAAUGUGUCGAGCAAUAAGGGAAAAAUUACGAUCUGGUUGUACCGUUAAACAAAAGCAGACUGAACCAUUUUCUUUACCCAGAAUCCAAACCAAGAUGGAAAAAAGAAUAGAUGAGAUUCAAAGAUGGCUGUCACUUGAUGAUGAAACAACACAAGAUUGGAAGAAUCUUGCAAACAAAUUUUUAAGCUGGACACUGAAUAAGUUUGAAGUAGAUUUCACAUGGGACAAUAUCAUUGACAAGUACCCCGUUACAUGGAAACAAUUUUUGGAAGAGAACAAUGAAACUGACAGGAUUAGUGUCAAAUGUUACGAAGCCUCCUUAAAGAAGUAAAAAGCUGCAAGGAAUAUCAAAUGAUUCAGAAGAGGUUGAAUUGUUUGCAUCACUGAGAAAGAAAUUUUCUCAGGUCUCAUAGCUAACAGCACAGGAAUUUGGGAGCAUAGGAAUGCUUUGUGUGCAGCACCAAAGGAGAUGAUGUUCCGUUUUCUCAGAUAUAGCAUUAGAUCCUGCAUUUUUAAUUGUAUUAUACACCAGGAAAACAUUAUUUCAAAUCUACCACCUGAUAUUACUUGAGUCACCAGCAUUGAUUGAAUGUCAUGGAACGGUGUGAUUCUGCAGUCUGAAAUGCAAAGAUGGGACCGAGUAUCUGUAUGUGUCAUCUGUAAUUGAAAAAGUUUUCAUUAACUUGGUGGCACACAUAUCAAACAACCGAAACAAACUGAACAUUUCUCAUUCUGAAAUUUUAGCAAGCAUAAACUUUUAUGUGAAGGGUACCAAAAUUGUGUCUUCAGAACUUCUCUUUUUUAGAUUCCGUUAAUUUCUGCAAAUGUGAAGAUGUGUAUUUCUGAUCUUGGACAGAUCUUAGAAAUCUCUGGGCAAGAUUGAUUUAGAUAAAUGUUUAUAUUUAUUAUUUGUUCACAUCUUGUUCGUUCUAUUUUGAAGCUAUAAUUUGAAUUUAUUUCUUUUCCAUUUCCGAAAAGAUAUACAUGUACAUAUAAUUGUAAAAUGUUACUUUUUAUGAACUGAACCUAUUACAAUCUGUAUUGACUGUAGAAAUUUAAAUCUUUAAGUACAAUGUUUACUGGUAUAUACAAAAUAUUUAAUUAUA